AUGACCAGCGCCCAACAAACUUUCCCAAAAGCUUCUUUAACUCCUGAAGGUUGUGCCCAGGCAAUGGAAUUAAUGAGAUCGAAAAUGGAGGCAUUGCAACAGGAAGUCCAGGCUCUUAAGGGUCAGUUGUUGCACGAAAAAACUGAGCGUGAAUUAUUUCAAAAAAUGGUCAGAAAACGACUGCGAACCACGAUGACUGACUUGGAGACUGUUACCGACACCAAUUAUUCGAGUCUACAGGAAGAACACGCAGCAAUUCGCAACUUUGAUGACGUGACUUCACUGCUGAACGCGGCAGAAACCAGUUCAAAUUCGGAAUCGAGUAUUGCACAACACACGCCUACAGCCGUCACACCUAAGGAAGGACAAUCCUACAUUUCCAAUACAAACAACAAUUGUAACGCAGAGAAGGUUAAUUUCCAAGGUUUUGUUGACUUAUCAUCUCUAAACCAAGGGAUUCCAGACUCUAAUGCCGAGCUUACUACUCGACUCACGACUCCGUAUCCGCAAGGGGUCUUGCCACCCUUGGCGUUAAAGGACUAUGAUCAGAAUUCAAUUGGAGAGGACAUUACAUCGCUCAUCAAUGAUGCGAUGACCCAAAAUUUAAAAAAACGAACUUUCUCAAACGAUUUUGUCUUGGCUCAUCCUCAAAAGGCCAGAGCAGGCGUUGGAACGCAACAGAGCAACUCUUUUGAUUUUUGCCCAAACAAUCAUACACGUCAAUUUCCAAUUUUACCGUUACGACUAAACACACCUGCAACUCCCUAUAACAUCCCAUCCAAUGGUCUUCCUACACCAUCCUCUCAAUUGGAUGAACGCGAUAUUUUAGACAAAUGGGGCAUACAGUUUUCUGAGAAGUAUACCGCAGUCAGUGAAGUUUGGAACGAAUAUCAUAAGAUAGGCUCCAAAGGAGUUUCUAUUCGGUCUUUGGAAUCAUCCUUCUCGACACGGUGGAGAGCUAACCUACGCAAAAAUGUUAAGAAGAAAUAUAGUAGGCGACUGAUAAUCAUAAGGGCUAUUGAAACGGGAAUGAAAAGAGGCAAGACUUUAAAUGAAUGCAUUGCGAUCCUGGAAGAAUUCUUGACGGACGCGAAAAAACCAAUUUCGUACUUGUAUCGGAAGGCAAAUUUACCAGCAGACUUUACUUAA